GCCUCAUUUUGCGCGCUUUUCGGUUAUGUUAAAAAUGCAACUCACGCGAUACGUGAAAAUAUGCGAAACCGAGGAUGACCAACCGAUCGAAGUGCCUCUGGAAGAUGACGAUACGCUUUUACUGUCAACAUUAACCGCCCAGUUUCCAGAUUGCACGGGUCUGAAGUACAGGUCUGGCGACUCAGGAUGCUAUCGCGGUGUUCGUCUUUUGGAUGACCGUUUAUUUCCUCCCACUGAUGGACACUGGCACGAAAACACUUUUUGUUGUGUAUUUCCAAAAUGUUCCAAGAGGAAAGCAGAUGAGGAUUCGUUAGAUUCUAAAAUGAAGCAAAAACGUUUUGAUAAAAAGACGUGUACAGAUCUGAUAGUGUUAAACUUGCCUUGGCGAGCCGAUGAAGAUACUUUACGUGACUAUUUUAGUCAGUACGGCGACAUUGUGAUGAUCCAGAUCUCAGAUCUUCAUACAGACUAA